AUGUCUUCUCUUGAGAGCACUGAUCUGGCCGGUCUGACUACCGAUGACAAGGACUUGUACCUUUUCUACCAAAGGUCCGGCUAUAUCGUCGAAGCCUUCUCGGAGGAAGGAGAUCCUCCUUCGCAGCAAUCUGUGCAGGUUGCCUCUGAUGCGCAGAGUGGCGGUUCCCCUUUGACUGCAUACUUCGUCAAAGAGGACAUGAACUUCGACAAGCGUUCCACUAUCCACAUGGUCUAUAUUAACAAGGACGGCACCCUGGUUGAGAAAGUGAGACGGGUUUCCUCGGAAAAGUGGGAAGACGCCCCCAAGCCUCCGGGGCAUGCUGCAGAACAGUCGCGGAUCGUUAGUGGCGUGUCCCAGUCGGGCAUAGGCCCGGAAAACCAAUCUGGAACCCAGUUGGUAUUCUUCGUAAGCAGCCAAGAGGGGAACAAAUCUCCCAUCACUGAGCUUCGUCGGGACAACAAAGGCAAUUUCCGUCUUGAGCAUGUCCUUUCAGAUGAGCCUCUGUCGCUUCCGGGCACUCAUCUCGCAUGUAUCGUCACUCGUGAUGCCGUCGAUCUGUAUCACCAGGACCAUGACAAGAACAUCAAGCGGUGGAGAUAUGACGCCCGCGAGCGCAGACGUUGGGAGAACAAGGGUAUUGUUUUGGAGGGCAAGGGAGUCAUGGUCCGGACUCCCUUGGCCGCGGUCAAUUAUGAUGGCAAGAACCACAUCCUCUAUGCCGAUGACCAGAUGAGACUCCGGGACUUUGUGGACGGUAACACUAUUGACGUUGCACGAAGAGUCUAUGGAGAUGCUGGAAUCAAUGCCAUGGUGUACCGCAACCAGAUCAUCUUGUUCUAUAAGUUGGUGGAACCUGAGGGAGCCAUUGGAAAGGCGACAUUCACUGAGGGCAAAUGGAAGGAGGAGGGUGUCUUCAUCAAAGCCUGAAGGCAAAAGGAGAAGAGUGCUUUGAGCGAGUGGUGUUAACGUUAGCUCUUGAGCUU